CGUCCACACGGUCGACGCGCGCGCUCUGCGACUGUGUGUACCGUGCACCGGGACGCCUAGCGCCGUGACGCGAUGUGAGUGUGCAGCCUGUGUGUACGUGUGGUGUGCGACGUGCUGCCUGGUGCUCCUGCUGGAUGUAGCGCCGCCCUGUCUGCGUGCCUCGCUCUCCGCCAGACAUGUCGCUCAGUGGAUCUAUCCAGGCGCUGGACUCGCUGCAGCGGCAGUUGGCCAUCUCGUUCGGCCCGGACCUCCUGCCCGCGACACAUCAUGGCGAGCCGCACGGCCUCCACUCCUCCAUGGCUGUAAUGCGGCGCCUCCUGGUUGACGCUCAGGCAAAGUUCCGCAGGAUGGUGGAGGAGAACAAGCAGCUGGCGGCGCGCAUCGACGGCGACCUGGCGGUGGCCCACGAGGAGGUGGCGGCGGUGCGCGGCGAGCUGCACGACGCGUCGCGCCGCCUGGACGAGCACCUGGCCAAGGUGGCCGCCGGCGCCGGCGCCGACCCGAGCGCAGCCGAGGACAAGCCGGCAGCGGCCGAAGAGCCCGCCGGCAUCCGGCCGCCCUCGCCCAUCGCCGGAGCCGCCGGCGACGCCUCGGCGACCGGCGGCGUCGGCGUCGGGGCGGCGUCCGCCUCUACAGGCGCGACUUCUGCUGCCGCCACCGCCGCGUCAGACGCGGACGCACUGGCGGGCGGCGGCUCGCGGCCCAAGGGCAAGUCUGGCGGCUGCUCCGAGCGCGACGCCGUCAACAACCCGGCGGCCGCCAUGCGGCUGCGGCUCGAGAACGAGCGUCUCAAGUGCGAGGUGGCCGAGCUGCGCAUGCUGGUCGCCUCCAGGGACCUGACGGCCGCGGGGGCGGCCAACAGCGCGGCGGCUGCGGGGGCGGCGGCCGGCGCCGAGGGGGCGGCGGGGGCGGCCGCGGCCGCUGGCGGCGGCAGCGGAGCCGAGGAGUCACUGCGCGUCCAGGCGCUCGACAUGGAGCUGCGGCACGCUCGCGAGGCUCUCGCAGCUCUGAAAGCCGAUCGGAAGAGGUUAAAAGCCGAGAAAUUCGACCUGUUGAACCAGAUGAAGCAGCUGUACGGGACGCUGGAAGACAAGGAGAAGGAGCUGCGAGACUUCAUCAGGAAUUACGAACAGCGGAUGAGGGAGAGCGAGGCGUCCCUGCAGCAGCUGUCGACGGAGCGCGAGGAGCGCGAGCGCGAGCGCUGGAGCCUGCUGCGGCACGCCCGCGACGAGGCCGAGCGCAGCCUCGCCCUGGCCGCGCAGCUCGACGCCAAGGAGCAGCACAUCCAGCAGCUGCAGGACCAGCUGCUAGAGGCUCGUCGGCAGCUGGCGGCCGUGCAGGGCGGCGGCGCCGUGGUGCUGGCGGGCGGCGGCGGCGGGCCUGGCAGCGGGGGCGGCAGCGGGGGCAGCGGCGGCGGCGGCGGCUGCCUGUCCGACCAGGAGAGCCUGGCCUCCAUGUCGCUGUCGGCGUCGCGCGCCAACGGUGGCCUGGCCACGCCCACCGCGGGGCUGGGCCUGCUGCCGGGGGACCGCGGCAGCUGCAGCGCCGACUCGGGCGUGCGCGGCAGCUCCGACCGCGAGUCGGGCGGCGCCACCUCGGGCGGCGGCAACCUGUCCGACUCAACCACCGACGGAACACCCACAAUCACCGUGGAAGGAAGCAAUGUUGAUACGGACUCAGUAUCUUUAAUAUCCUACAUAGCCACUCCACAUACCUGUCAAUCUGCUACAACACCAAAGGACUGCAGUCCUUCCUUGUCACCACUGAAUGCAAAUGCCUUUUCGAAGUCCAUUGACAACAGUGUUCUCUCAAGGUCAGUUGAGCAGCUCAGCAAUCCUAUGGAAUUGGAGCCUCGAAGACCAAAAAAUGUGGCUCCUGUGAGUAGAAGUGGUGGUAGUAGAGGUGGAACAUGGGGCAGCAUAUCCAGAGUUUUUGCUCGAAGUCGACAUCGUAAGGCAGCCAGCCCAAGUCAGGAGGAAGCAUCAGAUGCAUACCGCAGUUGGUCACCAUUAACAGAGGAAGGGUAUGCAGAAAAACUGAGAUUGUUGAGAGAAGCUGCCUCCAUCCCAAUGGAAAGGUGGCGAGCACCUACAGUAUUAGCAUGGCUUGAAAUUGCUCUCGGUAUGCCACAGUAUGGUCCUCGAUGUGCAGAGAAUGUUAAGAGUGGCAAGGUGCUUCUUGAACUUAGCGAUGUUGAACUAGAACUGGGGCUAGGAAUAACACAUCCUAUGCACCGAAAAAAGCUUCGCCUGGCCAUUGAAGAGCAUAGGCAUCCUGCACUUGUGCGAUACCCAUGCAUAGCACAGCUAGGACACACAUGGGUGUCUAGUGAGUGGUUACCAGACCUUGGUCUUGCUCAGUAUUCAGAGAAUUUUGCAACAAACAUGGUGGAUGCAAGGAUGCUGGAUCACCUCAGCAAGAAGGAGCUAGAGAAAUUUCUUGGUGUAACAAGGAAAUUUCACCAAGCCUCUAUUGUCCAUGGAAUUCACCUUUUAAGAAUGAUGAAAUAUGACAGACAGGCACUUGCAGUCCGGAGACAUCAAUGUGAAACAAUUGAUGCAGAUCCUCUUGUCUGGACAAAUCAAAGAUUCAUUAGAUGGGCAAGAAAUAUUGAUCUCAGUGAAUAUGCAGAGAACUUAAAGGAUAGUGGUGUCCAUGGAGCCUUAGUUGUCCUUGAGCCUUCAUUCAAUGGUGACACAAUGGCAACAGCCUUAGGCAUACCUCCUUCAAAGAAUAUCAUACGGCGACACCUCAGCACGGAGCUGGAGGCAUUAGUACUGCCUGCCAGAGAUAAGCAAGGAUCAAUGUAGCUUUAGUUGGAAUUGCGGAUUCAUUCUCCAAGUAGCAGCACAAAAUUCACUGCAAUACUAUAUCCUACCAAAAUGUUGUAAAUUUGUACUUCAGAUAAUAUCAACAACCAUGGAAUACCUUUUCAUUGUUCAUCACAAAAAUUACAUUUGGCAAAAAUGUAACUGCAGUCCUAAUUAUAGUUAGAAACAACCAUUGGAUUAAUUCAAUGCAGAAACGUGGUUAAUGAGAAUAAAUAUUUUACAGUAACUUGUUUUGUAAACAAAAUUGUUUCCCUACAAAUUCAUGUUACUGGGUGCUGUAACAUCAGUCCUACAAACAAACAAAACAUAUUACAUUAGUGCUAUAAAACAGUGCUUAUAUCCACCUAGCAUGUUUGGCAUUACAACAUUGCAAAUUUUCUUUAGCUGUAGUUAAUGGAAUUUAUACAACAUUUCUAAGUAAACAUCAUAAUAAAAUUAUUUUACAGCCAACCUCGUCUUUGCAGCAUGGUUUAUUAAGUCAAAAUUAAAAUUUAUUGAACCACAUCAGAUUAACAUAACAUGUGACAUAAAGUUUCAGUUGCAGCUAUUGUAAAUAUUGCAUAUAAAUAUUCCAUUCCUUUUUUUUGAUCAUGCAUCAUCAUAUAAAAAACUGAAGAAACUACAAAGCAAAUAGAAAGAGAGAAGAAAAAAAGAAGCAUUUUCUUUAGAACAAUGGGUUAUCUGUGAUAGUGAGAAAAUAUGUAUAUACCACACGGAGAGAAGAUAAAUUUUAAGUGCAAUCUAUAAAUACAAGGCCUCACCACAUAAGUUGAAAAACUCAAGAAUUACAUCAGUAUUUAUCACAAUUUCAACGCAAACAAGAAUUUUGCUGUCACAGUUUAGAAAGUGAUAUGCUAGUUGAUAGCUACCAGACAGUACAUUGCUGCGACAACAAAAAAUUUAAUUUAAUCAUCAUCUAGCUCUGAUUAUGAAUUGUUAAUAUAACUUCUGGUCUUGAUAUAAUAUACCAAAAGAGUCAGCAUAAUACAUUCCAAUGAGAAAUGCUGAAAUGUCAAUAACUGAUGCUUUUGAUAAAGAGAUGUUAUUAAUCAGUUGUAUGUGGCCGUGACAGAACAUAAUAUGAGAAAACAAAUAACAUUGUGUUCUAUGGAGCAUCAAAGAAUGCUUUAAGGUAGCAGCAACGAAUAUGUAAUCUGUUUUAAUAGAUCAAAUUUGUGGGUGUUUAUCUUGAAAUAGCAUGAACUGUUUAAGUAAAAUGAUUUAAAUCUGUAACUAGACAAGUAGCUAUACAUUUUUAAACAUGUGGAAUAGUCUGAAAGAAUUAUGUAAAAAUUUAAAUGUGUGUAUAAAAAUUGUUCUCCUUAAUGCUUACAGUUAGUACCUGAUUCUGACAACUGUUGAAAGGUGUUUAAUGUAUGUACUUGUUGUUGUCAUAACUUAAGAUUUUUAACUAGAAUAACUAUGUUUUCACUUUACCACAAGUACACAAAUUCAAUUAGAACUAAAUUGUUGGGAACAUUUUCCAUGCACUUUUGCCCUUUUGUUUAAUUCAUUUAUAUUAAACCUCAGAGCAACAUCCUGUGAUGCCUUACACACAAAUAAAAAUCCACACAUUUAAUCAUGAAACUGAAAGCAUUCACCCUGUGUCAUGCAACUGGAGAUCCUGUGUGUCCAUUAAUUUCCUGGUUUACUUUUGUUACUUCCUCCGUUGUUUUCCUUCAUUGCACCCCUACUGAUAUUCCUCAGCUGUCAUGUGAUUAGAAAAAGUAUGAUGCUUUCAUCCUGCCUUCUGUCAUUUAUAUGAGUACCAAAUACUUCUGGCAAUGGUGGUGUAGCAGGUAGAGCAUCCCUGGGGGUAAAAGACAGCUGGGUUGAUAGGCUUGCCACCUUCCCUCUCCUAGUGCCACAGUGGACAGAAGGCUGCCCUCUACUGCAACGAGGUUUGAAGCUCAUUCAUUGGUUGAAAGCCAUAGACUUUCUUUUAUUACCAAACAGCAUCACAAGCUUUAUUAAUUAAUAAUUAGCUUUAGGUGGCCUUCAAAGUUUUAGCACAAGCUUUUUAUUUUCUUUCUAAUGAUUAAUUCACACACUUCUCUCGGAACUUUAUUGUCCAGAAAUUGACAGCUUUCUACAACCAGUAAUGAAUUUGCAGCGAAUUAUGAGAAGCCCCAAUAAUCUAGGCUCUGACUCAAUUUCUGCACUAACUACUAAUCACUACACAUAAUUUAGUUAUAUAUUUAAAAUUAUUUGCAGAAUAAUUCCCUACAUUUCUGCUUUGGAGUAGUAAUUAUUUAACAUUUUUAGUUCUAACUACACAAAGUUCAGAAAUGAUGUCCAUGGUCACCUAUCAGCAUUACUCAGCAUUUUCUCCAAUAUAAAUUGUUCCGUUUUUAGGAGAACUGGUAACACACCACAACAAUACAGUCCAUAUCAUUAUAGAACAACAUUCAAGUCUUACUGCACCAUGAUGCAAAUGCAACCCAUUGCUACAUGGGGUCUGCACCACUCUGAUACCCUACUGUCAACUGAAUGUUUCACCAGUUAGCCACACCAAAUUUUUACAGUGGUCCACAACCUGCUGAUUUCUGUUUGAAUCCAAGAGAGAUAUUGAUUCAUGUUGUUGCUAAGAACAUUGUCAUUAAUUUCCUGCUGCCAAACCUCUCUACAAUCACAACUAUGUUACAACUUUUCUAAAGUUUCUAAUCAUAAUGGAAAAAUAAUAUCUGCCAUUUUAGUCGCAAUUAUCAUUUUGUUAUACAGCAGCUGAGACAAUAAAGCAGUUAAGAGGGCUACUCAAAAAGUAUCUGACUUUUAUUUAUAAAAUCAUCUUUAUUCAGAUUCAAUUGUUUUACUCUAGUCACCUUCAAAGUAGUUCCCUUCAGUUUCUACACACCUCUCCUAAUGCUAUUGCCACUGCUGAAAUCAUCACUGGAAAGCCUCUUUUGGUGUGGUACACAUUUUCUCCAUCAGAUUCUGCAUAAUAUCUUCCCUUUUCUGAAAUCUGGUCCAUUUCAGUGUCUUUUUCAGUUUAUGGAAAAGCCAGAGGUUACUCAAUGAUAGGCCGGGGGAAUAGGGAGGCUGACAAACCAGAUCCCAUUUUGUGUUUGGCCAAGAAACUAUGAAUUAGUUGAGAAUGAUGAGCAGCUGCAUUAUCACAGUGAAGGUGCAAACUGCCUGCUCCCCAUAAAUGCAGCCAUUUGCAUUUCACUGCCUCAUGAAGGUGACACAGAACUUCUUGGCAGCACUCCUUAAUGACAUUAGUACCUUCUGGGGCAUACUUAUGAUGGACCACACCACUGGAGUCGAAAAGAUAGUCAGCAUGACUUUCACAUUGCUGCCAACCUGCCUCACCUUUUUGAGUCUCAGAGAUGACGGAUGCUCUCAUUGUGUUGACUGGAACUUUGUUUCUGGGUCAUACCCAUAUACCCAGAAUUCAUGGCCAGUGAUCAUUGUUUAAGAAAGUUGGGAUUCAUGUUCACAGAAUCCAGCAUAUUCUGUGCAAACUCUGAAUGAAGUUGCUUCUGCUGAGUUAUUACCAACUUUGGCACAAAUUUUUCUGGGAUACUCCUGAGGUCCAAAUCUUUCGUUAUAUUUGAACAAAUGGCUUCAGUACCAAUUUUAACCAUGUCUACAAGUUCUCUGAUUAUGAUUCAUCUAUCUUGCUUCACAAAGGUCCUCAAUUGAUCAAUAAUAACCUCAUUUGUGGUCAUUGAGAGCAUACCUAAUUGUGCUUCACUCUUUACUGAUGAGUGGUCAUCUCUGAAGCAGUUGUACCAGUCCUUUAUCUGUGUGAUACCCAUUGCUUUAUCCUCAAUCAUUUGUCCGAUAUUGGGGAUUGUUUUAACUUGAUAACUGUUAAGCUUAAAACAAAAUUUGAAGUAAUAAUGUUCAUCCACUUUUUCUGUCAUUUUAUCCACAACAUAAAACCUGAUUACUUCAAUUUACAUGUGUUCACUUGUCAAGAGCUAGCCAGUGACUGGUUGUCUAUACAAUGAACAAAAUCAGGCAUUUCACUAAGUAUGUGUACAAACUUAGAGUGCACAUGCCCUAAUACCAGUGUUCACUUAAAGAAUAAAAUAUGAGGUUGGGUGCUUUUGUAACAGCCCUCAUAGAUGUGGGAUGGCUCCAUAAUCUUCAUGUAAUUAUUAAAUAUGGUAGUUACCUCUUACAUCUGAUAUAAAAAUCUAUUUUUGUGACUUCAAUUUUGAGUAUUCCUCAUUUUCAAGAAAAAAAUCACAUAUUCAAAUGAGCACACAGGCAUAAAUACAGUCACUGUUAGAAAUUUCAUUGUACUAUAAGUUACAGAAGAAGCAAACCAGUAACAUUUUACUCAAACUCAGAUUUAAAAUUUAGUAAAUUAGCAGGUAUAAACACACUUCUUUACAGUUUCACACCAUAAUCUGAAUGGACACACAUAUAAACAAUUCCUAUCUUAUCUGUUAUCUUGUGUUAGUUGGAAUAUGUUCCACAAGGAAGUUCAGGCUAAACCUGUACAAGGCAUUCAGAAAAGAAUUUGUGAACUGUUGGUACUGUGAACUUGUUUUCUAUGGUAAGUAGCUUCUUGCUAUAACCACUCAAAAAUGCUGUACUGGCAAGCAAACAUUGCCUAUGCAUUCCUGCCUACAGAUAUUAUCUAUCAAGGAAGUAUGUUAAAUCAGAAAUAAGCUGUUAUUUUAUUCUUGAAGAAACGGAACUGGAAAUGAGAGAUUAUCAAUAUAUAUCCUCUACAUUGUGGUGCUUAACUGCUGAAACCUCUUUUAAGAUACCAAAUUUAUUAAUAUAAAUGGAUUUAUUGUUAAUAUAAAGUCAUUUGUAAAUAUCUGCUAUAUCACAAUCAUUCAUUAAAAUAAAUCAGAGUCACAGCUUAACUGAAGUAUGCACCAAUAUAUAUUUUUUUAAUAGUUGUAAGCAGGAGCACUAAUUUUGGCAAGAUUGCACAGAGAAUCAUUAGGUACUAAAUAUUUUUGCUGUUGAACACACUGUUAAUUGAUUUUCAUUAGGAAGUUCUAUUUUUCUUUCUCAUUAUUAUGGAAGAGAGUAAAGAAUCAAUAUUGAAGUAAACCUUAAAAUUUCAUUAUACUGAUUAUUUAUAUUGUAUUCUGGAGGAUGCUAUACAGAAAUUGUAUGUGUGAAAUUUUAACUUUCUCAUUACUUAACUGAAGAGAUGCUUUGAAGAUGCAGUUCUGAUUUUCAUUCAGUACUCACUGAAAAGCUAAGGAGAAGAGAAAUAAAAUUGCAGGAAAUGUUUCAACCUGUGUUCAAAAGAACUUCUAAUUUUGACUCAUAUUAAAUGCUGUUCUCUGUAGAGACCAAUAACAUAUUCGUGGUUGUGAGCAGAUAUAUAGUAAUGUAAGACCAUUUUUUAUGGCCUGAAAGACUUAUUUUCUUUCACUAGGAUUGACACUACAUGUAUUACAUUUUAAUGUACUGUGGGAUGACUUAGAAAGAAUAUGGUUAAAAUCGUCUUGAAGUUCGUAACUUACUUUACAUAAAAACUCAUUUAAAAUAAUGAAACUGAUAAGUCUUUGGAAAAUUGUAUUAGACCACACUGCGGCAACUAAUUCAGCAAUGUCAUUGUGGCUAAUGCUUCUUUUCUUUGGUUCUUUUUCUUUCAUUUACAUGAUUUGCAGUUUGAAGCCUAUGGACUCAUUAAUGUAGUUAACACAAUCUGUUUAUGAAAUCUGUAAUUUAACCACACAUAAAUGACAAGUGUAAGUAGCAACUAAAGAUCAUUGUAGCUGACACAUCAUGUGUUUCAGACAGUUCAUCAUUUAUCUUUAUCAUUCAACAUGGUACAGCAUCACACACCAGGCAUAUAAUCAACCACUGCCAAAGCUGAAUAUCGUAGCUGUAUUCAAUCCUGUGUCCACAGUCACCUUUGUAGCCUAAGAGUUAGUGCGCCAGUAAACUGAUGUGACAGUCCUGGAUUUGACUGGAAGUGACCAACUCCAGUUUUCCUGUAGUGGGAAGAUAUAGAAUGGAGUACACAAACAAAUGUGGUCCAAAUGAUAAACUGCUAGAUACAAGUGGCAAAAUUAACAUGCAGUCAGAAAGUGGAGCCAGAUCAAAAGGCUUAUUAACACACUAAGAGCCAGAUGUUAUUUAUUUACCCAAUGUCUGCAUACAUUUUAAAUUUUUCAGCCAUCUCAUUGUUGACAUAAUCCCUAUCAAAUGUAAUUACAGUAUCUAGAGUGCCCAAAUAAUAAAAGGACAAAACACCCAUUUUCUGAGUACUUGAGAAACUUGAGGAAUGCAAAGAAUUGGUUCCAUUUAUUCACUACAAAUCUCUCCUAAAAUAAGUAUUUAAAACACAUACAUGCAGUUUGCUUAGGUUUAUUUACUUGUUAACUUUUCACAGUAUAGUUUCCCAAAAAUAAUAAUGGGUUGUUAGCAUUUGGGUUGAAAAUUAUCUAACAAUGUACAAUAAAAACUUACAAAAAAGGAUACACUGUUUCCAUGUGCUGCUACUACUACUAUUACAUUAGCAGUUGAUAUAAUUUCUUCUGUGAUACAUAAAUUAGCCAGAUUGCUCAAAAUAAUGUAUUACUGCAGGA